AAUAAGGACAGAGCUGCGUCCCCUUCUCCCACUCUUUAGAGACUCCAGCAACUCCUCAGCAACUACAGCAGCUUUGUAAAGGCAUUUGCUGGGCUUCUGGGGGAAACUUAAUCAAAGAUUUCUGGGCAUUUGUUCACAUGUGUCCGAGAGGAGAUGAGGGCAACUGGAUCUUGCACAAUUUGGCUUGGGUUUGCAAUCCUCUUUCCUAUUUCUCAUUCUAUAGCAGUCACAGACAAAACAGCUACUACAUGCCCAAUGUUGAAAACAGAAGGACAUCAGUUUAACCAUAUCUACGAAGAAGUUGUUUCAGGUUUUGAUUUAGCAGAAAGCUUCUCUUUGAGGCAGUCUUCAUGUGGAGUUGGAAAACCUUGUUUUAAGUUGGGGAAUGCACCUCUUAUCAGAGACUCUCUGAAAGUGUUUCCAAAUGGGAUUCCAGAGGAAUAUUUUUUAACAGCCACAUUCCGUGUUAGGCGAAACAGCAAAAGAGACCGGUGGUAUUUGUUGCAAAUUUUAGAUCAGCACAACAUGCCACAGGUUUACGUCACCGUUGAUGGUUCAAAAAAAAUUGUAGAGUAUGUUGCACAAUCCAGCCAGGGGAACUCAUUGCGCUACACCUUUAGAAGCCGUGAAAUCCAUCCUGUCUUUGAUCGGCAAUGGCAUAAGCUUGGCAUCAGUGUACAAUCAAGGAUCAUUUCUCUGUAUGUGGACUGCAGCUUAAUUGAGCAAAGGCAGAUCAAUGAAAAAACUACUACUGACUUUCAAGGAAAGAUUCUGAUUGCUACCCAUUCUUUAGAUGGCAAGCCUGUAGAUAUUGAAAUUGGACGCAUGACAAUAUACUGCAAUCCCAGACUUGCUGCUCAGGAGAAUUGCUGUGAAGUAUCUGAGAAUAAGUGUCAUUUGGAAGAAAGCUUGAAAACUACUGCAGCAUCACCAUCAACUGUUCAUGUUGGUAAAAUACAUGCACUUCCAAUAAUGGAAAAAAUCCCUGAAGAAAAAUGUUUUUGCUCUUCAAAAAAGGGAGAAGCAGGUUUGCCAGGAGUAGCUGGUUUGCCAGGCCAGAAAGGAGAAAAGGGUGAAGAAGGAACUAAAGGAGAAAAUGGCAUCCCUGGUUUUCCUGGAGAGAAGGGAGAAGAUGGUCUGAGUGGUGCUCCUGGUGGUUUUGGUGAAAAGGGGGAACAUGGCUUGAAGGGUGACGUGGGUGAAAAGGGUGAAAAAGGAGAUAGAGGAGAGCAAGGAACAGAUGGCAUACCUGGAAAAGAUGGUUUAAAAGGUGAUACUGGCGAUCAUGGAAUGGCUGGCGCAAAGGGAGAAAAGGGAGAUAUGGGACCUCCAGGACCAACUGCCUUUAGUGGUGUGCCAGGAAUAGAAGGUCCUCAAGGCCCACCUGGGAAAGAAGGCCAGAGGGGACGACGAGGAAAGCCAGGACUCCCUGGAAAAGCAGGACCACCAGGGCCACCUGGUCCUCCAGGUGUAACAGCACGUCAAGAUUCCUUUAAAGGUCCAUAUUACCAGGGAGAGUCUUCUGAGAAAGGAGAAAAGGGGGAUCCAGGUAUAUCAGGGAAGCCUGGCACUCCUGGAUCCAUUGGAAGUCCAGGAUCACAGGGACCUCAAGGACAAAUUGGGCCCAGAGGAGAACCAGGAGAAGUUGGCUUACCAGGAGAACAUGGAAUACCUGGAACACCUGGGAUUAAAGGAGAAAAGGGGGACUCUGGUGGAAUCAUAGGGCCCCCUGGGCCUCCAGGUUCUAAAGGUGACACAGGACCUCCAGGAUCAGACCUUCCUGGAAAACCAGGACCAUCAGGCACUCCUGGAGCAAUUGGCCCACGGGGACCUAAGGGUGAAAGAGGGCUGCCUGGGGUACAAGGGCCACCUGGAGAGAUGGGUCCAGCAGGAAAUGGAACCCAAGGUUCUCCUGGUCUUAAUGGGCCUCCUGGGGCACCAGGCUUCCAGGGUCUAAGAGGACCUCCUGGAUUACCAGGUACUCCAGGGACACCGGGUAUUGAUGGUAUUCCAGGACGUGAUGGAAAGCCAGGACUCCCAGGACCUCCAGGUGACCCAGUUGCUCUUCCUCUUCUUGGAGACAUGGGUACUUUACUGAAGGGUGAUCCCGGUCCAAGAGGUCCCCCCGGAAUCCCAGGUAGAGAAGGACCUAAGGGGAGCAAAGGAGAACGUGGAUUUCCUGGGCUGCCUGCAGAAAAAGGUGAUGAGGGUCUUCAAGGUAUCCCAGGACUUCCUGGUGUAGCAGGGCCUACUGGACCUUCAGGAGCAAUAGGAAGACCUGGACAUCCAGGCUCACCAGGAUCAAAAGGUGAAAAGGGGAACGAGGGUACUCCUGGAAAGCCUGGACCUCCUGGACCAUCCGGUGUGCCAUACAAUGAAAGAAAUGGCAUGAGCAGCCUAUAUAAAUUACAGGGGGGAACCAAUGUUGCCAGUUAUGUUGGUCCACCUGGGCCUCCUGGCCCAAAAGGUGACACUGGAACAGUGGGUGAACCAGGCCCAAUGGGACUACCAGGAUUAGAGGGACUUCCUGGAGAAAAGGGAGACCGGGGACCAGCAGGUCCUCCAGGAGUCACAGGGCUACCUGGAAAGCAUGGUGCUUCUGGGCCACCAGGGAUCGCUGGAGAACCAGGUGAAAGGGGCCCUAUUGGAGACAUUGGUUUUCCUGGGCCAGAAGGGCCAGCUGGAAUCCCAGGCAUAAAUGGAAAGGAUGGAUUGCCUGGUCCUCAGGGUUUAUUGGGUAAAACUGGUGACAGAGGCCCCAAAGGAGAGCGAGGGGAUCAAGGCAUACCAGGAGACAGGGGCCCACAAGGUGAAAGAGGGAAACAUGGCCUACCAGGAGACAAAGGAUCUAUAGGUCUUAUGGGCCCCCCAGGGAACAAAGGCAAUCACGGAUCACCAGGUCAUAAGGGCCCUCCAGGUUCACCAGGUGUUCCAGGCUUACCGGCUGAUUCCAUUUCAUUUGAAGAAAUGAAAAAAUAUAUCAAACAAGAGGUUCUUAGAGUUUUUGAAGAGAGGAUGGUUCAGUUUGUCUCUCAGCUCAAAUUGCCAGCUGCCAUGCUAGCUUCCCAAGCUCAUGGAAAACCAGGUCUUCCAGGAAAAGAUGGGUUACCUGGACCACCUGGAGAACCUGGACCUCCAGUUUGGUCUGCUCUGGAGUCAGAGCAAGUCAGACUGGAAUGAAGAACAUGAAAGCAAAGCUGAAGAAGUGCGGGAAGCAAACCCUGCGAGGAGAAGAAUAAAGCCUAUAGAGACUGAUAAGAGCAAAUCCUUGACUGAAGGUUGAAAAGUGUGAUGAGCUCAGAAUGAGAAGAAGCAGAAUAAAAAGAUCGAGGAGAGCCUUAAAGGGGGCUAGAGAUUUUCUUUUAACCACAAGUGGCUUGCUCAUCAUCUGAAUAUGCAAAUUUUUGUAAAUGGUCGACUUCAGUGUCUCUGUUAGAUUGUUUAAUGAGGAUGCACACAAUGGAUAGUUUAAGAUGUACGUGAGAAGCAACAAGCCAAGCUAUAAUGUGAAUUACUUCCCAUCGGUGUGUUUGCCAAAGAGAAGAUUGGGAACUAUGCUUCAUGGGAAAAGGGGGGGUGGGGAGAGAGAUAAAGCUGCUUUUAGUGCUUUAAUUGUAAGGGGAUUAUAGGGUUGCAUAGCUAAACAUGACAUACCACUUCACCCACCGCUCCAAGAUCGCUACAAUUUUAAUAUGACAGAAUAAACGAUGCAUUUUUAUUCAUGAAUCAUGAAAUAUAAUUAGAAGUGACAAGACCUUUCCAUUUCUUUAUCAUAACUACUGCUGCAGUCCACAGAUUAAUAUAUAUGUUGUCAUAGUUUAAACAGAGUAAAGAGUCUUGUGGCACCUUAAAGAUUAAUACAUUUAUCUGACAAUGUGGCUUCUGGCCCAUGAAAAGAUUUACACCACAAUAAAUAAAUAGUAUUUAAGAUACUACAAGACUCUGUUAUUUUUUGGUGUACCAAUACAGCUGCCCUUCUGGAAUCAGAACAAUGCAAUAAAUAAGCUAGAGGUCUGAUCUGUAUCUACAGUUGAGAGAAAAAUGAGAUUAAUGAGGCCCAAUAAAACAUACAUGUGCAUAGAAAGGAACUCUAUGACUGUUCUCCGUGUUGCCCUGGUUUGUUCCAGCCUUCCACUCACUGCAAGU